AUGGCGAAAAGGGAGGAUAUAGAUACCUGUUGUGACUGCUGUGUGCUGAGCGCUGACACAGAACUGAGUAAGACUGUAACUUUAUGGGGAGGAGCUAAGAGCAAAAUUUUCCCCUCCCGAAUGAGUGAGCCUUUACAUAGAGAAGAGAAACUCAAAAGGAGGAGGCGGCUCGGGGAGAUCGAGCAGCGAGCUGGAGCGCGGAGCGUGAGUGAGGGAGCAGAGCUGCCUGCCCGCCUGCCGCCGCCUCCCCUCCAAAAAGAACAGCAAGAAGCAAUUGAACAUAUUGAUGAAGUACAAAAUGAAAUAGACAGACUUAACGAACAAGCCAGUGAGGAGAUUUUGAAAGUAGAACAGAAAUAUAACAAACUCCGCCAACCAUUUUUUCAGAAGAGGUCAGAAUUGAUCGCCAAAAUCCCAAAUUUUUGGGUAACAACAUUUGUUAACCAUCCACAAGUGUCUGCAUUGCUUGGGGAGGAGGAUGAAGAGGCGCUGCAUUAUUUGACAAGAGUCGAAGUGACAGAAUUUGAAGAUAUUAAAUCAGGUUACAGAAUAGAUUUUUAUUUUGAUGAAAACCCUUACUUUGAAAAUAAAUUUCUCUCCAAAGAAUUUCAUCUGAAUGAGAGUGGUGAUCCAUCUUCAAAGUCCACUGAAAUCAAAUGGAAAUCCGGAAAGGAUUUGACAAAACGUUCAAGUCAAACGCAGAAUAAAGCCAGCAGGAAGAGACAGCAUGAGGAACCAGAAAGCUUCUUCACCUGGUUUACUGAUCAUUCUGAUGCAGGUGCAGAUGAGUUAGGAGAGGUCAUCAAAGAUGAUAUUUGGCCAAAUCCAUUACAGUACUACUUGGUUCCGGACAUGGAUGAUGAGGAAGGGGAAGGAGAAGAAGAUGAUGAUGAUGAUGAAGAGGAAGAAGGAUUGGAAGAUAUUGAUGAAGAAGGGGAUGAGGAUGAAGGUGAAGAAGAUGAAGAUGAUGAUGAGGGGGAGGAAGGAGAGGAAGAUGAAGGAGAAGAUGACUAAUGGAACACUGAUGGAUUCCUACCUUCCUUUUUUAAUUUUCUCCAGUCCCUGGGAGCAAGUUGCAGUCUUUUUUUUUUUUUUUCUCCUUCUCCUCUUGUGCUCAGUUGCCCUGUUUUUGAGGUCUCU